UGACGUCAUUGGAGCUGGCGUGGCGGCGGCAACGCCGGCCGCCAUUUUAGCGUUCUGUCUCCUGUCACUGCAGUUGACAUCAACUGGGGCAAAACCUCAAUCGUCUGCAGUGUUUGUGUGUGUUUCCAGCCCCAAUUGUGCAAAAGCGCCCCUGUCGCUGAUAAAGUUUUCCAGGCGUUUCAGUGAUGUACAACGGCAUAGGGCUGCAGACGCCGCGGGGCUCCGGCACGAAUGGGCACGUGCAGCGCAACUGGGCGUCGGUGCGGCCCGCCGAAAAGGCGAAGCCCUACAAGACGGAGGAGGAGCUGGCCCUGUUGGACAAGGCGAGCACUCGGCCCCCCAACCAGGAGAUCCUCGACCACGAGCGCAAGCGGAAGAUCGAGCUCAAGUGCGCCGAGUUUGCCGACAUCCUGGAAGAGCAAGGGUUCUCCGAGGAAAUGGUGGCUGGCAAGGUGGACAACUACCGCAAGGUGCUGCUGGGGUCCGACGCGGUGAUUGGCAAGCCGCUCGACCAAUGGGGCCGCGUCAGUGUCAGAGAGACGCACCAAGUGGCGGAGGCGCAGCAGGAGAAGAACGCCCGGCUGCGCGAGGCCUUUGGUAUAAGCGAGUACUUCGUAGAGGGCAGCAGCUUCGAUCCGGAGCGGCAGGCCAAGGAGAAGCUGGCGGCCAGCGCGGCGGCGGCGGAGCGCGAGCGGCAGCGCGCCCUUGAGAAAGCGGAGGCCGCUCGCUACCAGCUGGUGCGCACGCCCAGCCCCGAGAAGGAGCCGCUGCCCAAGCGGCCGGAGGCUGCGCCCGAGAACAAGCGCAAACCCAAGGACAGCAGCCCAUCCACUCCAGAGGGCGGGCGCAAAAAGAAGAAGAAGCGCAAGGCGGCCAAAAAGGACAAGUCCGUCAAGGCGUCGGCGCACAAAAAGAAGCGGAAACGGCGUCGGCGCGACCAGUCCACCGACGAAUCGGACAGCGCCUCAGAUGACGAUGUUGAUGAUGAUGAUGAUGAUGUUGAUGUUGAUGAUCAUGGCGACAAGCGGCGCCCCAACAACCGGAAGCUGAAGAAGCGGCCGAAAUCGAAGAAGAAGAAGAAGAAUGGCAGCGCACGCAAGCGGCCCAUUCCCUACACCAGGCUGUCGCCCAGCUCGGACUCGACCUGCAGCUCCAACAGCCCCUACUUUGCGCGCCGGCGCUCCUCCAGCCGGUCGCCCAGCUCCGCCUCCAUGUCGCCCUGA